AUUUAACUGAGUUUCAGUCGAGUCGAAAGAAGAACAGUCAGAUCCCAGUGGUUUCAUGAAAACCAAAAGGAUUUAUCUUAUAACAAAGAGAGAAUAGUCCAGUGACAAUUUGGAAGGAUAGAACAAGGAAAAUAAUCUUUAAAGAUGAUGAUGAAGACCGUUUUGCUGCUGAUCUCAGUACUCCUAACUGAACCUCUUCAGUCCAAGGGCAGACCAUCCACACAAGAUGAGACGUUAGCCCUGGUCGAGCCAAUGCUGUACACUUUAUAUCCGGGGGACAAACUGGAGCUGAGCUGUCAAGCUGUAGAGGAGAUACAGGAAGUGACCUGGACUAAGGACCACGUUCCACUGGUUGAUGGAGAGCGCACCCGCCUGCGCAACCAUCAGAUGGAGAUUGAGACAGUAGAGCCGGCCGACUCUGGUCUGUAUGCAUGCUUUGCUCAGGGACCCAACAGCAACCAUACAGAUUACUUCAAUAUCAACGUUACAGAUGGAUUGGCUUCCUCAAAAGACAAUGAAGAAGAUGAGACUUCCUCAGAAGACACCAAGCUAUCAAGUGACCAGAAACUGCUUCCAAUGGCGCCUGUCUGGGCUCAGCCUGAUAAUAUGGAGAAGAAGCUCUACACUGUUCCUGCCAGCAAAACCGUCAAGUUCCGUUGCCAGGCCAAUGGUAACCCUACACCAACAGUCAAGUGGCUCAAGAACGGGAAAGAGUUUAAGAAAGACCAGAGAAUAGGAGGCUAUAAGAUUCGAGAGCACAUGCGGACCAUCAUAAUGGAGUCGGUGGUACCGUCAGACAAAGGCAACUACACCUGCCUGGUGGAAAACAAACACGGCAGCAUCAAUCACACCUACCAGCUGGAUGUAGUCGAGCGUUCACCACAAAAGCCGAUUCUUCAGGCUGGGUUGCCUGCUAACCGUACAGUAGUGGAGGGGAGUGACGUGGAGUUCGUCUGUAAAGCCUUCAGCGAUCCUCAGCCUCACAUCCAGUGGCUGAAGCAUAUCGUGGUCAACGGAAGUAGAUUUGGCCCUGAUGGACUGCCAUAUGUUCGGAUCUUGAAGACUGCAGGCGUCAACACCACGGAUAAGGAGAUGGAGGUACUGUUUGUCAGGAAUGUGUCUUUAGAGGAUGCUGGAGAGUACACCUGCUUGGCUGGAAACUCUAUAGGCCACUCCCAUCAAUCUGCAUGGUUGACUGUCUAUAAAGCAUUAUCCUCCAGUCAAGCUCCAGCCGUCCUACGCCUGACUUAUGUACUGCCAUCUGUCCUGGUCUGCAUGCUUUUCCUAGUCAUGGUAUACUCUACAUCAGGGGUGCCCAAGCCUGGUCCUGGAGAUCUACCUACCUUCAGUUUCCAGGACCAGGGUUGGACACCCCUGCCCUACAUUAUGGGGACAAAAUAUCCCCUCAAAGAUGGCAAUAUCUAAAACCCUUGUGGGGACAUGUUGGGCAACAUGAGGAAAGGAGCCAAUUCAAGUUUUUAUUUGUAUUUUUUUUUAUCUAAAAUAGGAAAAUGUUGUAUGUGAUGGAUGGUUUAGGCUUAUAGAAAAUACCAUUUGUACACUAUAAAUCCAGUACACCUAUAAAAUGUCCCAAUAAAACAUGGAAACCC